AGCGCUUAAAACUCAACCUUCGGAAUGGACAGGAAUUGUGGAACAACAAACGUGGACUACAGGAGGGCGAGGCUGUGGAACACGCUUCGUGCAAUCCAGAGUUCAGGUGCCCAGAUGGCAGGACCCAAUUGGACUGGGGUACUUCCUCUCACACACCCCUGGAAUAAGACCCGCCCAAAAUCACACGUUCUCCGCAUGCCGGCGAUCUCAUGCGGUUUCUACUGCGGCCGAGUCAGCCAGGGUUGCAUCGCCUCAGCAAAGGGACGGGUGCCCGAACUGUGCCGGCGAUUCGUCAGCGCGAUUCGGCGGCUCCUGAAACGCCCUGAGCUGGGUUGUACGCGCGUCGCUGUUGUGCAUGUAGCGGAAUGGGGCAGGUUCGGGCUGUGACUCGUUUGGGGUAUUCUAUGAUGACUCGGGAUCAGCGGCUCGGAACCGAGAGUAUAAAAGCAGACUGAAGCCCGGGCCAUUGAGCGUCUUUCCGCUUCUCUCUAUCUCUCUUUCGUGGUGCUCGCGAGAAAUGUCUGAAUCUGCAUCUUCAUCCGCCGAAGUCACAGGUGUGAUUAAAGCCAUACGCGAAGGGAGACUUCGCGUCAUCAAUAUAUCUCCUGGAUCCUCCUUCCGGCCCAGAAUGGAAAUCUUCGACGACCCGAGGUCAACGCAUGUCGUGUUGACGUUUGAACUUCCCGGUGUCAAAACGUCCGACCUUUGCAUCCGGGUAGAGCACGGAAAUCUCGUCCUGCGGGGCCGGCGGCGGCCUCGCUUCCGGCAGCGCCGCACUCCGCGCAGUGCACCAGGCGAGGGCACCGAGAACAGCCCGAACAUGGAUGUUGACACCGACGCCCGCAUCUUCCCAGCACAGGAACUCCGAUAUGGGAGAUUCGGACGCGCAGUCAGCCUUCCGAAAGGCGUCGAUGCUUCAUGUCUCUACGCGGCUCUCCACGAGGGCCUCCUCACUAUCAUCUGGCCGCGAUCCGCGCACUCGAGUGUCAAACAAGAAACACCGGCUGUGAAGCUAGAAACAGACGCCAUGUCCCCCGGUGUAGCAUCAGUAGCGCUCCCGACGUCAGCCGCUCGCACUGAGGAUCCACGAGCAAGAAGCUCGCAUCCCAGUACUCAGUCUGCUGGGAAGGCAGGUUCCAGUGCCGGCGCCACUCCCCACUAGCGUCCCGAACAGGAGAUCUAAGCUGUAUCUCUGUUAUACAUGCGGAUGCCAAAUGGAUCUGACAGCCGCCGAGAGUCACUGCAUGCCACAUCUUGUUUUCUACCCCCGCUUUGUAUACGUCUUCUCUGUUUUCGGGAUUCCCUUCGAUCGUGUUGUACAUAUAUCACCCUACUCACCUCUAUGAAUACUAUCUCUGUACGAUCUGAAUUCGUGGACUGGACUUCUCUGUAUCACAAUACUAGACUACGAAUCACCUCUGCCCGAUUCUAUAUCUGUGACAGGCGCACCCAUUCCCGGACUUUGUACUCCUUUGUAAUCUUCGCACAAUACGCUGUUGAGUCAAGAAAUGGUGAUUCCACCUCCACGUUGAUGUGAUUCCCUCCCUCCGUCCUUGUGAAUGCACAGCCUUGUAUGUAAUCUAUUGCCGAUCUCGAUAGCCUUCUCGGAUUAGAUUUCAAUCUCCGCAUUGUCGUCAGCCCGAUGCACAACUGCCUUUCUGGGAUUCAAGGAGGCUUGCUGCGGAACCCAGGGUGCUGUUGAGGUCCACAUCUGAUAUGAGUCAUGGCCACAAUCGAUGUAUGAGCUCAAACACACUGUCCUACAGCCUUGGCUCCGGUCACCUCUAGCAUGGCUAGGGAUCGCAGGUGGUCUUUUAGGGACUGAUCUCAGAUGGACCCACAUCUUACCUGAUUCGUUUCAUCCCACAGGAUGCCACCUACAUUCGGU